AUGCCCCAACCAUCCUCUGAGCAGCCUGCAAGAAAUUCUGUCAUCCAGGAGAAGAAUGAUCAUCUGAACCUGCAGGAUGUUGGAGACAAAGGCCAUACUGGGCGCAGGCGCGAGAACAACCCAAAGUCUGCUCGAUUAUCACGUAUACAAUUUCCAGGUCUUACACGGGGAAGGGAAAGCAGAGGGGCAUGGUUGACUUUGGAUCGCACCGUCUUUCAGAGCGUGACAAAAAAAGCUUCGGCCUCUCGGAUACUCGCUGCCACCCCGGCUGAUCUGCAACAUCAAGUCGAGACGGAUUUGGCGACACGUGUGCUUGACGAGGUCCACAAGACAUCAGCGUCGUUGGAUGAGGAGUCUUCGAGCUCGCUCCGAGAAUGCGGAUCAAGGAGCGAACGACCCAUCAGAUGCAUCGAGUGGAAUGGUCUGGGGAGGCUCUCAGCCUCACCAAGCCCCGGAGAAGAGCACUCGACGCUCGCAGCUGUGUUAAUAUUCUCCGGCCAGACUAGGGCAGCACCGAAGCCCCAUUCUAUGAUUGUGGCACCAGACGCUGCGACUGCGCAACCAUCAGACGGCAUAUCAAGAGACGAGCAGCUUCCUUCCGCUCCAAUGGCCGAGGUCAAGAGCUUGGUCGAAGAGCUGGGCAAGGACGUUGGGGUGCCCGUUUACGACAUAGACAGCCUGUUCGUCGACGAGUCUGACAGACACCAGCACAUCAACGAGUUUCUGAGCUUGCUGCGUCCUUCGGCGGAAAGGUCCUCGCCGAAAAGCGCGCUCGCGUCGAUAAAUGCUGAGGUUCAAGAAGCAGAAACGCUGAGCGGCAGGCCUAUGGUCUUCGAGGUCCACAAGCAUGCAUACACGAGAGACCUGCUCAUCGCCUUGGCUAGGCUUGCCUUUUAUCACGGGAGAGAAUAA